AUGGCCACCGACGUAGCCGAGAUAUGCAGACUCUGCAAUUAUGACCUGGAGAGCUCACCGGUUAUCGGAUUCGCCAAUGGUGCGAAUUUCUUGGUGCCUUAUAUCCCGCUAGUGGCCGAGUAUGAAAUAUCGAUAUGCGAUGUCAUGCUCAAUUUGGUCUUCUAUAGGCCGCAAGGCUCCAUGAAAGGUCUCAGGGUAUUCGAACUCUUAAUCGCCGCAUUCGUCCUGGCUGUCGUUGUGUGCUUCUGCGUCCAGCUCUCGCUGAUCCGCGACGCCUCCAUCGGCCAUGUGUUUCGAGGCUACGUACCUAUUCUCAGAGCCACAGUCAUGCCUCACAACUUUCACCUUGGUUCUGGCAUUGUGCAGUCACGCUUAUAUGGAUUUGAUGUUAAACAUGGACUCGUGCCUGAAGACGACUUGCUCUCCUCGGAAGGUGGCAUUGAUAACGGCUACUACGUCCCGUCUGUGAAGGCUAUACGUCACUCGUACGUAGCCUCUGCUGCUGAGCUGGCCCUCUCGAUCUUCACAUUCGCCCUCUUCGUUAACUCGGCCAUUGUUAUUGUAGCCGGGCCGUCUCUUUACAACAACCCCGACGCCCCAGACGCUGACAUCUCCGCCAUGCAUGGCCUACCAACCCAAAGCAUCAGCAUUAUCCCGUCCAUUGUCAUUGCGGCGUCGGUCGGCAAGUCAGGGCUCAACGCUGUGUCGAUCGGGUUACAAGUCGCCCUAUCCAGCUCUCUGCCGUUUUUCAGCACGCCCCUCAUCUACUCCACCUGCUUAAGCAAGUACAUGACUGUCAAGCUAACCAUACUGGCCGCUGGUGCUGCCCAUACUACUAUAACUCUGGCAGAAGAAGAAGAAGAAGAGCAUCCGAUGACCAAUGCUUGGUACACGGCCAAGUUUUCGGUGCUGCUAUGGCUGAUCAUUACCACCUUGAACAUUGCCAACCUGGUUCUUCUUGGUCUGGGACAAUGA